GUUCUGUAGUAUUGUUGGUUGAGUGAGUGCUGCAUGGCCUCGACUCGACAGCGUAGAUCCCGUUCCAAGAUUUGUGUCUAUAAGACUAAAAUUCAUGUGCAAUAUUAACCGCGGUAUAAUUCGUAAUGGUGUUCUCUAAAAGGCCAUGGAUUUGAUGAAAACGGAAUAUGAGUUCCUAGACUUGUCAGAUGUGAAAGAAGCGGAACUGAGCAGUUUGCAGUGUGCACUUUACCAGCGGAAGACGGAGGCUUCGAGCUACGGUUGGACCGAGCCUGCCAUUGAUCUGUCUUCGUGUUCCUCGUCGACCUUGGGCCCCCGCACCGUGUCGAGCAGCCUGGACAGCCUGUCGGGCGGCGAGUGCGAGAUGGCGCCCCACUCGCCGCAGCGCGCGCCGCCGCCGCCCUACGCGCAGCCGCCGCCCGCCUACCCACAGCAGUGGCCCGUGGCGCCACCCAACGUGUACGUCAGCCAGGUCACCGCCAAUGUGAACGUGCACGGUUACAUGGGACAGUACUACCAGCCGCCCCAGCCGCAAUACGCGCCGCCGCCGCAAGUCGACCGCCCACCGCGCAACCACCGCCGCGACCGCCGCGGCAAGCGCCCCCCCUCCCCGCCACCACCACAACCACCCCCCUACUACGUCCAGUACCCACAGUACUACCCCGCCGCACAGGCCCAGGCAGGAGCCCCCCUCUACCACCUACCCGUAUACCAACCUCUAGUGUACGGACCUUACGCCUACCCGCCUUACUACCAAGAAUAUCAGAUGCCCGUCGAAGGAGAAGACAAACCUGAUGAAUACCAGCAAGAGGUUGUGAUGGAGCAAGAAGCUGUAGAUGCUUACUACGCUGGCGCUCAUUACGCUCCUCCAUACGGCCCGCCCGUAGACGGAGGCGUAGAAUACAUGCCACCCAUGUAUCUCCCCCCACCUCCACAUCCACCACCUAUACCUAUACAGCCCCAACCUCCACAUCAAUCGACUCCGCACCAGUUUAACGUUCACGCUAAAAACUUCGUAGUUCAAUCGCACAAUCAGAAUAAAUCGUAUACUCCGCCAGAAAAGAGUCAAGAACAGAAGGCGCCGCCAGCGACCGCCUCCGCUGUCGAAUCAUUGCCUAUUAAAGAUCUGACCGUCAGCAAGGGCCCGGGCAGCCCGAAGCAAACAGAACGGCCAAUAGAACAAAAACCUCCCAGUGACAAAGCUUCACCGACUCCUAAAGUAGAAACCGUCAAGCCAGCUUGGGUAGCGAAUGAAAAGGCACCUGAAGUUAAUCCGAUACCUGCUAAGGCGUUCCCGCCGAUGGCGUCUGCGAGUCAAGUUCCCGCUCCGAAUAAAAUGCCUCCAGUCGUGACUAAGACUACGAAAGGCCCAGCAGCCCCAUUCUCAGGAGGCAAGCAACCGGCUAAGCCUCUGGUUCCUCAAGCGGCCGUUCCUGUACAACAGGCGGUAUCAACCCCAAAGGCGCCGUUUGGCAACAGACAGAAGAGGGAUAACGUGGCUAACAGGUCACCGACGAGUGAAACUGCGGAAGUCCCAAGCCCCGCCGCGCCAGUUGAGCAUCCUAAACGCGAUCCGCCGCUGCCGCCAAGCAAGGCGCCUAUGCCUAUCUCGAUCACGCUACAUUCGCAAGGGCCACCGCUGAUCGUAACUAACAAAUCGCCUUUCGGACACUCUAGGAAGUCGACAGCCGCGCCUGAACCGCCUCCAGUGCCUCAGCCGCCACCUCCAGCACCAACAGCGUCAGAUUUCCCCCCACCACCGACACCUAGAAACCGUGGAGAUUUACCACCGCCUGUGGUUCAGCCUCAGCCGCAACCGGCUCCAGGGAAAUCCUGGGCAAGUCUGUUCUCAAGCAAGACUGCAGCGAUUACAGUGACCGCUUCGCCGCCGGCACCUUUACCUGUCGAAGAACCCCCAAGCCCGACCACAGUAUCGCCACCAGCGACAGCUAGCAUUCAAAAACCAGUAGCGAAAGUGCCCCCUUUUGACGCGUCUCCAUCUCAAAUAACGGCUCCAGAUAAAAGCUCCCCUGUGCCUCGGCCGGCCGCCGCGCCUUCUGCCAUCUCCUACUCCGAGAAGACUUCUGUGAAUGCCAUCAGUAUAACCCCUGCUGCUAAACCGGCAUCUCCCAGCCAACCUGUCCCUGAGGUCCGGGAGGUUCCUAUUCAGAAGGAUCCUACACCAGCGCUGCCUGUGCCACCCUCGCCGUUUGCUGAUGACCCGAACUCUUACAGGAUGGGAGAAUUCCUGUCCAAAUAUCAACUGGACCAUAAGCCCGUAACGCUUCUACCCCGCGGCCUCACGAACCGUUCCAACUACUGCUAUGUCAACUCGAUCCUACAAGCCUUGAUCGCUUGUCCUCCCUUCUACAACAUGCUCAAGGCCCUGCCCUACCAAACUCGACGUGGAAAGUCCAGCACGCCCGUCAUUGACUCCAUGGUGGAGCUGUGCUACGAGUUCAGCCCCCUGGCGCUGACGGCGCGGACGCGCGGACGCGGCAGCGAGCCGGGCGCGCCGCCGGUGCCGGCCGGGCCCGCGCUGGACGGCGCGGCCGGGCUGCGCGUGCUGCGCGCGCUGCGCCCCUUCCCCGGCUCGCAGGAGGGCCGGCAGGAGGACGCCGAGGAGUUCCUGGGGUGCCUGCUCAACUCGCUCAACGAUGAGAUGCUAGAGCUGAUGAAACUGGUAGAACCAGAGGAGCCUAAGGAGGUGAAUGCUCCAGUGAAUGGAAUCAUCACAGAAGAGCAACCUCCGGAGGAGGAGGACGAUGACGACGAAUGGAAGGUGAUGGGGCCGCGCAACAAGGGCUGCGUGGAGCGCCGCUGGGCCGCGCGGCGCACGCCGGUGGCGGACAUCUUCCGCGGUCGCACGCGGCUCCGUCUGCACCGCGCACCGCAGCACGCCGUCACCGACGCCGUGCAGCCCUUCUUCACGCUGCAGCUGGAUAUAGAGCGUGCAUCCAGCGUAAAGGAUGCCCUUGAACUCCUAGCGGGCAAGGACACACUAGAAGGAGUCUCAGAUGCCUGGCAACAGUUGUCCUUGGAACAACUGCCUGUGGUCCUGUUGCUCCAUCUGAAGUGCUUCCAGUUAGACUCGGAGGGCCACACCGCCAAGAUUGUCAAGAAUAUUGACUUCCCUGUGGAUCUGAAGAUUGAUCAGAAGAUCAUGUCUUCAAAGAUCAAGUAUUCGGGCAAGCAGCGUCUGUACAAGCUUUUCGCGGUCGUAUACCAUGAAGGAGUGGAGGCGGUUAAAGGGCAUUACGUCACCGACACUUUCCACGGCCAAGCGGGCUGGAUCAGAUACGACGACUCGACAGUGACGCCGGUGUCGGACGUGCAGGUGCUGAAGCCGAAGCCGCCGCGCAUGCCGUACCUGCUCAUGUACCGGCGCCAUGACACGCUGCCCCCGCAUCCGCAUCCGCAUCCGCACCCGCAUCCGCACCCACAUCCGCACCCGCACCGCGCGCCAGCCAAGCCCGAGUGAGGCGCCCGCACUCUACUGCCCGGACAGUGAUUUGUUAUAAGUGUUGUAAAUACUGUGAAAGACUCGAAUCGUGCCUGUCGAACGCUCGCUACGGUGCAACGAAGUUGUCUCGUGUACGUAAUGUAAGUAUAAUUUUUAUGUUUACGAGCCGCCCCCGAGGGCUAUGUAAAGAGUGGCCGGCGGUUAGCACACUGCACGUUUUGGUUUUUUAAUGGAAAUAGUCUUGUGUUAGUUUGUGUCGGUGGGCGGUGCUAACCGCCGGACUUAGUUUUGUAUGUGUAAUAUUUUGUACAUUAGGCUCUUUUAUUUGAGGCGUAGGAUUACUUUAUGUGUAAAAUUCGGAUACUUUUUAGAAUAAAGUACAAAAUGAUAUUUGUUUGCCGCUCGAAAUGGAAGCCGAUUCUUAGCUAUGACUAUAAAUUGAUGAAACUCUUAAUGAUGCGUUCGACCUAAUUAAUUUAUUUUGGUAACUAAAUGAAUCUGCGAAACGAUUGUAUAUAUUGAUUAUGUACGUAUUAAGUAACUAUAGGACCCGCGUUCUCUCCUGGACAAUAUGGAAUUGUGGUGUUAUAAUUUGAAAAAUUAAAAAAAUAUAUGUAAAAAACAUAAUUCAUGAUACAUAUUUCUAUAUUGUUCAUCUUAUGUAAUGGUAGAAUAAUCUUCCUAAUACUCUUCCAUUGGAAUAUGUCAAGGUACUGUCGAGUACAAACAUAUCUCAUCCUGACGAUUACCAGAGCGCAUUUGAGAAAUUACAAUGAUGUAUUGUAAAAAGGAAGACUGGUAUGUGAAUGGUAGAAUUAUGUAGCGUGAAUUGCAGACGUUCGUCCUCUUUGUGGUUGAUAUGGGUUGUAGAGUUUGUUGUUCGGCACGGAGUGCCGGAGGAGGUGUGCUCUUGCAUGUGAUAUGGGAUGCCUGAGAUCGAUGACUAAAUGUUUAGCUGUAGUCACUUUAUUGUAUAAAAUUGUUAUAACGAUAUAAGUGUUACAUAUAAAUAAACAGAUAUAUUAUCACGCCGUUGGUAUGUUGUAUGAAAAGGAUGCCUGUUUUUAAUAUUAUUCGAAUUCAAAUUGAGGUUUAUAUUACUUUUUUUGACACAUUACAAUAAUAUUCGCGUAUCAUUACAUGAUCAUAUUAUAUCUAUUGUCGAAGAUCAUUAAAUUAUUAGUAGCAUUUUGCUGAUAUUAAACUUUUUUGAUCUCACAUUCGUUGUUGUUGUUUGGGAAAAAAAAUGUAUAUUGAUGUGAGCGAAAUUUCUCUUCUCUAGUAAUAUAGGCAAUACAUCAAUGCCUUAUUAUUUGAAAUACAAUAUUUUCUUAGUAUGAAAAUGACCAAAAAAUAUAAUAAAAAAAGUGUUUGAAAUUGCAAAUGAAAUAGAGCUUUUCUAAAUCGUUCUAGUAAUGAAAAUGCAAACACCCUUAGAGUUAAUAAAAUAUAUAUGUAUAAUUAAUUAUCUUUAAUUAAAUACUUCGGUUCAGUGUCCAAAAGUUGAAAAAUAUUUAGUCUUAAAAAUUAGUCAAUUUAAUAUUAUAUAUUAAUGAAAACGAAAUAGGUUUAAAUUUCUAUGGUUUCUGAAAGAGGUUAUUUACGGCUAACACGCUAAGCUUUUUUUUUUAUAAUAAUACUUGUUUUUUGUUUAAUUUGGAUCAUGGGUAGGUCAUAAUACUUAGUGAUACUGGCAAUAAUUGUAACUCGUAAUAGGUAACGAAGUUUAAUGGCACCUACUUAACACCAACGCGGGUGGAACUUAGUUUUACCGCGCAGUCCACAAUCCACGUAACGGCUUACACAUGUGUCGAUUCAUAAUAAAAAUUGCCUUUAGUCCUAGAAAAUUGCCAUAUUAAUUUGACGUUUAUUCCUUUCUGACAUAGCUCAAAUUCCUUUACAGUUUUCAUGGACUAGAGCAACUUUUAUGUGUCGUCGUCACUCAGUAGUUGCAAGUUCUCUAGGAUUAGAACAUACGAAUUUAUCACCAUUCUGCCAUACGAAAUAGGUAUUCGUUGGCAGUUUCUCUUCCCACAUUAUCUUCCACGAUACUGUCUUGUUCAUUUGCCUUGACUUGUUUAUUUAUUUGGAUGCAGUGGAGCCUGGUGCUAUUGGUUUAUGUCUGUGUGCCAGUUGUUAUAGCAGCUGUCUUCAUAGACACCAGUUUUUACAGUCACUGCAACAUUAUCUAUGUUGCUACCAGAUUCAAAUUUAUAUUCUGCACUGUCGUAAUAGCUUAUGAGAUGACGUUUUGUUACGAAUGGCUGACUUGCACUGAAAAUUCGGUCUUUAUACUACAAAUAUAAUUUUAAUAAUGUUUGCAGCAUAGAUAUUUUUGCACCUGACUGUAGGCAAAUCCUAUAGGCGGCUGUAAUAGCUCAGUGUGUAAGGUUGGCAUGAGUUUCUAUGCGUAAGACUGAGCGGAGAGUCCCGAAUGUCAGUUUAUUUAUGUAAAAAGCACACGUUUUAGCCCGUAAGUUUUUAUUAUAACAAUUGCUGCCUUUUAGUUAAGUGUCUGUCUGUGUUGCAUAUUUAUUGGGAUAUAUUUUUUAAGUGAUUGUGCAUUGUGUCCGAUGUAAAUAUAGACGAAGAUUAAACUGAACAUUAAUAAUAUAUACUUUAUUUAUAAAUGUGAAACUUGACGUUUGACGCUGGUUUUUAUAUCUUAAUUUAUUGCCAAAUAUAGACAAUUGACAACAUAAUCUGUCACUACUCUUAAAAACCUUGUAUAGUCCGAAAGGAAAUUCGAGAAAAUUAUUGAAGGCCCCACUUCCUACGUAACUCACAUUUUUGAAGUGAAAUGCUACAUGGCAACAAUUUAAUAUGGAAGUUUUUGUUCCAUUUUAUUUUAUUUCUACUUUUUUAUAUCGCGCUAUACAGUAAAACGUAACUCCAUCACAGUACUAAAUCUACUUAGUGUUUCACACACUCCCCGCAAUCUGCCGCGAUUGAACGAAUCGACAUGCCAGUCUUUCCGCGCGCAUAUUCCUCAAUGUGUUUUAAUAACUAACUGAUGUACUUGAUAAUGCUCCGCUCACUGCGUCCGAUUACGUCUAGUGUGUGAAUUUCCUUGUAACAUAUAAGUUGUCAAUUGUUAUGAAAAUGAAAAUAUGAAGGUACAGAGUACCAUAUUAUUUAAAUACCAAUUAUCUCAUAUUGACAUCGGCUGCAAUACGCAAUACCCAAGAACUUUAUCAGUAAAAAAAAAACCCGUAGAUUUAAUUUUCUAUUUAGCUUGCUCUGGCAUUUAUAACUUGAAAAAUCCUUCUGCUGUUUGGCUGUGACGUAGCACCUAGGACUUCGACUGUUAUAAAUACCAGUUUGCCUAGAAUAUUAAGGCCUGGAAACCUGGCUGAUGUGUUAAAAGUGAAGCAAAGACAUAACUAUCAGUCGCUUUUAAAAAAAGGCGCCUAUUAAAUUAUAAAUGGCAACUAGGGUCAUUCACCGGCAAUAAUAUGUUAUACAACGAAGGCCGCAAAAAUAUCUGACACGAUCUUAUUUCUACAGCGAUAAGAGCGUGUCAUAUAUUUUUGCGGCCUUCGAAGAGUAACAUAUUAUCGCAGGUGUGUGUACAGGUUUUCCUGACUUCACUAUGGGCAAGAACUAACAUCCUAGGCCUUAUUUUCUAAGCCGAUUCGCUCCUGAUAAUUAACGUUCUCAAUGUAACUGAUAUUUAGUAUUUACGUCUAACUCGUGAGUUUAGUUGUUUACGCUACUUCAUUAAUUAUCCCAGGUAAAAGUGGUACUCAGAAUUGGAUAGAGCAAACAGCUGAUUGAUAAAAUCAUAUACUUUGCAUUUUAUCGUACAAAGAUAAUUUAAAAGUAGGUAGUUCAACCGACUCCCGCAAACGUCGAUUUACUUUUAUCUAAUUCUGAGUAUCACUGCAAAUUCCUUUUAAUGUUGAUGUACGGGAUGAACUGGACUGUCACACAAUAUAAGCAAUGCAAUGUGUUUUACCCAUUGAGUUAUUAUUACUAUACAUAGAGAAGCUAUACCAAACAAUGAAAUUGUCGCAAUCUCAACCUGUACCACGCGAACGAAACGUCGCAAGAGCCGUAAAAAAAUUCAUGGCGCUUACGCGUUUAUAGGUAGGUCGCGAGAUUCACGCUCCGCUUCUAUGGUUUGUGGUCAAAACUACAACUCAUGGCGCAAAAUUCUGGUUCUCUGGUUCUAUACGUAGAUAUUAGUUCAAUGCUUUUACCUGCAUUUUACUCACAUUUGCAUUUUAGAAACUGUUUCUCAGGCCAGGUGAAUUUAUACCAUAAGUCCAAUGUCAUAAAGUUUCACAUGUUAAUGCUGUUUUAUCUUAUACUAUAUUAGUGACUAAUCUUUUAAAAAAACAUGACUUUAAGCUAAUGUUGCCCUGUAGAGUUUAGUUUAAAGAAGGUCACAACUAUAGUUAAAAUAUGGAAAUAACGCGAUUAAAUACAUAUUCAAAUCUGAAAUGCCAACCUGUUAAAUAUCACUGCCACAAUAAAGGCCCUAUCCUGACUUGGCGGUGGUGGAAUAAGUGAAGUACGCGGUAUUUCUUUCUGAUUGGCAUUCAGAGGGUCUACCACGAACACCGACGUUCGCAAAUUGCGGGAAUCUUCAUAUUUUACUCGAAUUAUGGCGUAUUUAGAGUGACAGAGUAAGAUGCCCGCAAUUUGCGAACCGUGGACACCGUCUGGUAAUCCCCCCUCAAAUAGCAACACUGAUUCUGCGCCGCAUUCUUACUGCAAAGUCAAGUAGGGCCUUAGAAAUCAGAUUUUGUUAAUGUUAUGCUUUUAUAAUAAUACUGGGAAUAUUCAUAAAUUAAUGUUUAAGGACAUUUUGUUGUUGAAAUCAGAGUUAAAUUGUUCCUAGUCAAGUUUCAUCCCGUAAUAGUUGAGAGUUUAAUCCUUAGUAUAUGUUCCUGGAUCAUAGUUUUAAUCUGAUCAAACUAGUUGUGAGGUUAUCGAACUUAUUUAAUAUUAAAUAAUUUAAGUAGUGUGCAGCUUCCCUACUGACACUUUCUAAGCAGAUAGUACAGGUCAGAGAAAAUUGUUUCAACAGUAUUUUAAUGUGUUUUACGCUUUUUAGAGCUCUUUUUAAAAUAUUUAUCAUAAUACGUCAAAAAUAUCAAACAGAGGUUAAACUAUACAUAUAUACAGAUUGUAUAAAAUGUUGUUCUACGAUAGCACAAAGAAAAAAAUAAUUAGUUUGAAAUACCAAUGCUUCGUUUGUAUCAGUCGCAGAGAACAAUUUUAUUUAUGUUGACAAUGAUGUCUAGUCUACAGUAGAAAACUUUCGACACUUUUUUGAUUAUUAUUUUACUUUGAGCUUUUCCAAAUAAUACCAUUUUGUUUUGGGUGCUCGCGUGGUAUCCAUGAAAUGUUGCAAAUUAUGGUGAUUUCGUAUAAACAAAUAAUGUACCGCGUCCUAAAAAACUCUUUAAUAUCUUAUUAAGAAAACACCACCUCUACACCAUAACACAGACAGAAACACUCAGAAAUCAAAACCUGCUUGAAAAUAAGACAAAAUGGUAUUCUCGAAAAAAUUGGUAAUUGUUGCUAAGUAUAUUAUACUAUAGUUCGUUUUUUUAGCAUUAGGAAAAAGGUCUCUUCUCUUCUUCUUCCUGGCUGUAUAUGUCCCAUAUCAUUUGGGGUCAGCCCUUGUACGUUUACGCCACAAUGUACGGUUUUGUGUUGUCUCCGUAUCUACCACCACCAAUUUCAAAAAAAAGGUAAACAAGAUCAGAAAGGUAAACAGGGUCAGAUUAGAAAAAAGGUAAACAAUCUUAAUAACUUUUUAUUGAAGAAAGCAAAAGAAUGUAAAAGAUCGUAUAUGAUUUAUAAUAAAAUUGUAACAUAUUUGCUGUCUUAUCUUUUAAAAGUGAUUUUUAAUAAAAAGACACGUCAAGAUCGCUUACCUUCUUUAGUUUCUAAUGCUAAAAAAACGAACUAUAUAGUAGCUACGCCGUUCUUAGUAGGUAUAACGAAAUAAGUGUCUUUAACGUGGUUUAAGAACUGGCAAUUGCUCAUUACUGAGGGCUCUCCUGGAUUAGGUAAGGAUUCCACGGAGGUCCAGUUUCUCUAGCGGUUCAGGUCUUGGUCUCUAGUUGAAGUGGUAUGCUACGUAUAGCCGGUCAAACAAGUUUGUCAGUACCAAAAGGCAAAAAUUCAAAUUUUCUAUGGGACGAUUCCCCAUCGCGCCUAUAUUUUUUAAAUUUACCGUUUUUUCUACUGGCGGAAAUAGCUUGACAGACUACAAGGAAUCACACCGCAGUAAAAAAAAUAGAAUGAAGCUGCACGCAGCUUACGGCGUCAACCGGAGACCGAUGCCUUAGCAAACAGUCGCCGUCAGGUAUAUAUGGGAGCGGCCAAGGUACCCAAAAAUAUCUGAACAUGCACUUUAAAGUCUUAAUAAUAGAGGCUUUGUUCAGGUAUUUGUGAACACCUUGGCCGCUCCAAUAUAUCUGUUGGCGACUUUACACCAACCGCUGGAAACUUCCGCCUUUGAUUGUGUGGGAUGACUCAAAAAAGUUGACGGUUGUUUUAUCUUGUGUGGUUGGACUUACUGCUCGGAGGCGCCUUCUGCGAUGAACUUUUGACUUUUAGCCUCAUCUAAAAUAAAUAUUAAAUAGCAAGAAAAGUGCAAUAGUCUAAAGCUUACAAUGAUAAACCAGAACUAUAAACGAACACAUUGGCGGUCUAUCUACUUAGGUUCUAACGAUGUAUGUAGUAUGUCUAAUAAUAAUUAUCCUUAUUUUUAUAUGAGAGGUUUAUCAUUUAAGUUACGUUUAAUUUUUAGUAAUAAGAUCCAAUGGCUGUAUUUAUUACAAGGAGUGUUUUUUCCCAAUGAGCUAGAAACGUUUUACAUUUUGUUAGCCAUUAUUAGUUAUUGUGUGAAAAUACUCCUGUUGGUGAUAAUAGAUAAAUGUCCGAUUUGAAAUCGGUAACGUAUACGGGGCAUUGUCUAUUAUGACCAGCUUCCUAAGUUGUUACGUGAUACGUGUGUAUGACUAAUUAUAAAAUAAUCCUUAUUUUGGUAACAAAUUGGUGUUAUGAAAAUUUUGUGAAUAAAAUAUGGUGUCAUUCUA